GGGUGCAGAGGGACAGUCACAUGGCGCCGCGGCGGCAGCGGGGCCCGUCCUAAAGGCGUGGGGAGGGGGGAGACGCGCAUGGAGGACGGCCAGGAGCAGCACGGGGGGGGCGAGGAGCCCCCCGCCAGCACCGAACCCACCGAGUCACCGAGCCCUGAGCAGGCAAAGCCAGCAGAUGCCAGCGGUGAGAAAGAGGAGGAGGAGGCCUUCCUGGUCAGCCUCUACAAGUUCAUGAAGGAGAGGCACACGCCCAUCGAAAGGAUCCCACACCUCGGCUUCAAGCAGAUUAACCUGUGGAAGAUUUACAAAGCAGUGGAGAAGCUGGGAGCUUACGAGCUGGUAACGGGGAGAAGGCUGUGGAAGAACGUAUAUGAUGAGUUGGGUGGCAGCCCUGGCAGCACCAGCGCGGCCACGUGCACCCGGCGGCACUAUGAGAGGCUGGUCCUCCCGUAUGUGCGGCACCUGAAGGGUGAGGACGACAAGCCGCUGCCCCCCAGCAAACCCCGCAAGCAGUAUAAGGUCUCCAAGGGCACUGAGACGGGUGAGAAGAGCAGGAGGAGCAAGAAGGAGAAGGGCCGGGAGCAGGUGGCACCGGAGAAGGCAAAGCCUGAGGUGGCAGCCACCCCUGGAGCCAGCAAGGAGGAGCCAGCAGAGGCCCAGGAGCAAGGCCAGCCAGCAGAGGGAUGCGCCAGCCCCACAGCCCCGGCCCCGAGCCCCUCUUCGGGGUGUCCCAGCACCUGCCGAGCCCAUGCUGAAGCCUACAAACGCCUCUUCUCCAGCUUUUACUCCAAAGGCAACCACCCCAUCAUGUCUCCGCUGGCCAAGAAGAAGCUGCUGGCCCAGGUGAGCAAGGCAGAGUCCUUGCACUGCCUCAAACGCCACUGCCUGGAGGGCAGGGAGGUGGCAAGCAGCGCUCACCCCAACCCAGAGCCCAGCCGGCCGGCGGUCAGCCCCCACCUCAAGGAGCAGAGGAGCCCGGAGACACAAGGAUUGAAGGACACACCCCGGGGGGGUCAGAGCGAGGCAGGACCCAUCCCCAGCACAUCCCCUGGGAGGACGGACAGACAGCCUUACCCAAGAGCUGAGGACGGGGGCCCUGCGCCCGCUGUCUUCACCGGCUUCUUUCACGCGUACCGCAACGAGGUGCUGAAACCCAUCAGCUGCCACCCCUUUGGGGGAUACUUCUCCAACUUGAAGGAUUUCUUGGAACCACAACCCGAGGACACGGAGGCUGGCCGGGAACAGCCCCAAGACCUGCGGAGCAAAGCGUGGAGCAGGGAGAGCCCGCAGCCAGCCGCCUUCGCCGCCAUCAAAGCUUGCUGGGUGCCCCCCAGGGCCGGCUUCGCCCCACUGCCACAGAGCCCCACACCACCCACAGCCAAACGGAGCCGGGACGAGGAGGCUUUGGGCCCCAGCAGGAAGCUGCAGGUUGUUUCCCCCUUUCUCCACGAAACUGAGGGCAGGGACAAGGGCGCUGGCUCGCCCAGGGGCCACCAAGGAUUGGCCAAACCCAAAGCCAUCAUUCCCGGACCCGGUUACGCCGCUCCGCUCACCCCAGUGCCUCAAACCCCAGAUGUUUACAAGGGAGCGAUGCUUCGCUUCCCGGUGAACUUCAGCAACCCUUUGGAGCACCUGAAAAACCAGGCAGCCCCACCAGUGCCGUCUCUCUCCAUCAACCCCUUCAUCAUCCCUGCUUUCCCCAGCCCCGUGGUAGCCACCUCUGUGCAGCCCUCUGACCCCAGGCACUACCCGACGUCCUACGAGGGCUCACUGCAGCACCGGCUCUACCCCACGGCGACGUGGCACAGCCAGCACACCUACAGCACCCCACACACCUCUGCUUUCCACCGCAACACCAAGCUGUAGGGCUGCUGUCCUGCUCUGGAUCAGCCCCAGCCCCACGCAGAGGCGAGGCAGCACCUGGAUGCCAUCAGAGCUGCUGUGUCUCGUGGCAAAGAUGAGCUGGACCGUGUCAUUUUUACUCUUGGUCUUAGGGAUGUUUGUAUCUGACAUCGUACUCCGGUGAUUUAACUACCAAUAUCACAAGGUUAUAUAUAUAUAUAUAUUAUAUAUAUAUAAAAAAAAAAAUAAUAAGGGAGCAAAAUGAGUUGAAGAGGUUUUCUUGCUAGAGAUGCUGUGUCCCCAUGCAGUUUUGUGCUGCCAACACAGUCAGGCAGUGGAUGUUCCCACCUCGCCAUGCUGUGCCCAGGCUGCCCUGCAGCUCCCUGGCACACAGCCCCUGCUCCCUCCUACACAACAAUGCCAUUUCAGUUCUGAAGUAUGUUGCCUUAUAGCAGGAGCUCCUGAGGUUAUAAGGGGCUCAGGAGGGCAGCAAGCAUCCAUGGGAAGCACGUUAGCUGCUCUGAAAUGGGUGCUGGAGGGCAGCAUCCAAAAUAAACCUCGCUGGAUGGUCCCAGCUGCUGGUGUUAGGGGUGUGCUUGAUUCCUGGGAUGAGGGCUAGGCUGUGGGGGAAAGCCAGCCUCACCCUAGCAGGUGUUUCCUAACCUGGGAGCAAGCUGAGACCUACCUCUGUUUUCUUCUGCAUCAUUUCUGGCACCUUUUUCCCAGCCUCAGGGAUUCACAGCUGUUUCCUGGAGCAUCCGUGGGUCCAAAUGUGGGUGCCACAGGCUGAGAGCAUGGCGCAGCAAUGGCAUGGAGAGGCCUCCUGGCUCUGGAAUCCACCACAGAUGGACAGACAGCACCUGGGAUGUGAUCUGUGGAGAGAAGAGGAGCACUCUUGGUGGCAGCCAGAUGACCCAGGGCAACUCCCAAGGAAACUGCAAACCAGCACAGACCUGCAGAGCACAACUUCAGCUGCUUUUUUGCCUCUGCAAGCUCCCACUGAGCCACUGCAAAUGACCCAAAGUCUUUGCUGCAGCCUCAGGACUUAUUUCUCUUGUGAGGAGCAGCUGGCACAACUGGGGGGGUGUCCUGGGCACCCUGCUAUGAGCUGUUAAAUGGAAGGGGCAAAGAGAUGUUCAUCCCUAAAGGGACACUUGCUCAUCCCCCAAAAGCAUGAAGAAACAGCAGCAGCAGUAAAUCAGCUCUGAAGAACCACUUCUGCUGUUUCCAUGGAAAGGAAAGGAGUUGGGAUAGAAAGAAGAAGAGAAUUAUCUGCAGGUAGCACCAGUUGCCCUACAGUGCUUUAAGGGUUGACUUGGUGAGAAGAGUUCUCACUGCUGCUGAAAUAGGUCAGACCAGCUUUAUAAAGCAUCACAGACCCAGCCAGACCUGCAUCCUCCAGUGUGGGCAUCAGAAAGGGAUUAAAUGUGCUGCAGUGUCCUGGCACGUUGUGCCCUGAGAGCCCUGCCACCAAAAUGCAUGCAAGUGACACCAGUUUGUGAGCGAGGACGUGGUCACAGAGCUCAAGUUGUCUCUCAGAGACUGUGAGUAAGGGUGUGAGAGCAAAAUGGGAGAUGCCACAACCCUAAGGGUAUCUCAGCCUCACAGAGAAAUUGUGACCACGUGCCUAGGAGGUAAAACUGGGCUGCUUAAGAACACUGAACAUCAACAGUUGACCCUCACCUUUAGGAGUCAGGCACAUGCUGAUGUCCACAGCUCUCGCAGAUGCUAGAGUAAAGCUUAAGCUCACCCAGGUUGUGUCUUUCCCUGAUCUGCUCCCUUCCACAGUGCACGCUGGCAAAGCUGGGCCCACAGCCACCUCUUACCUCCUGAGCAGGUUGCAGUGUCCCCCUCUCAGGUGCAGGGCAGGAAGGAAGCUGAGACCCGGUCGGUUCCUCGCUGCUCACUCCCAGGAAGGCCCACACCCUCCCUGGGAAGCACAACACCACCUGGGGAAAAAGAGAAAGCAAGAACAGGUCAUGCAGGUGGCUGUCACCCAGCAGAAGGCCAGAUCCUUCCCUAUGUUAUCUGCUCCUCUUUUUAGUCUGAACACGGCCCAGAGGAUGCAGAAAUAUCAGUUCUGCAGUAUAUACUGGCAGGAGGACAGCUGGUCCCACAGGUGCAAGCCGGUUCGGUUCUGCAUCUUGGCAAAGGAGCAGAGCCACAGGGCUGCCAUGAGAUGCAGGAUCACCCUGCUGACAUUUGGGUUGUGAAGCUGAAUCCGGGUGGCUGGCAAAGUAAAAUCUUGCUAACUUUGCCACAGAACCCUGGGGAAAAAGAGAUAGAGAGGCUCCAGGCUCAGCAGGGCUUGGGAUACUGCUCCAGGAAAAGGGCAGAGCUCAAGAGCAUUGCUCAGCAUCCUCACAAGACCACUACUCACCGUCAGGAUGGUAUGAAGCCCAAUGCAUGAGGCAGUGGUGAGACUAUGAGGUCACAGCGAGUCCCCCAAAAGCUGGGCAGCAUCUGGAUGGGGCACGUGGACGAUCCAGGAAGGGUGGGAAGGAAGGGAUGGAUGGCAUCUCUCGACGAACAAACAGCCAAAGGGGGAAAUGGUUAUUCCCCUGCUCUGUUUUCCAGGCUCCCCCAUAACAAUUGUAUUUCCUCUGCUGCGGUGGUUGGAAGAAGUGACAAUAGGAUCUUCUCACGAGCCAGCAGGAUGAGGAAGUGGGCAGAGAUUUCAGAAAUGUGCCAGCUGUCAGGGUGAGGAGCGUGGGCCUCCCCCAGCACCAGGGAUCUCCAUCCACAGGGAUCCAUGCUCCCUGAACGAGUCUUGGAUAGCAGACACGACCUUGUGCACCUCAUCCCUUCAGGGAAGAGGGUGUUGAGGGCUCAGGGCACAACAGAGCCACGACAUGGGACAGCAACAUGCAGGGCAUCGAGAUUAACCCCAGCAAUCACAGUAAUAAAAACAGCAAAUCACAA